AUGAUUUCAGGCAAAAUUAUUUUGAAAUCAGCUACAAAAGUAUCGCUUGAUAAAAGAUUCACUGAAAUAGCUAAACAAGCACCACCAACACCAACACCUCGUAUUCAACAACAAGCUAAUGUUAUUAUUCCACAUUCAAGACAAGAAUUAUUUGGAAAUAAUAAUAGACGACCAGCUGCUUUGAGUAUUGCACAACGAUUGAAAAAGCGAAGUAUUAAUUAUCGUCUUCGUCUUGAUACAAAUGCUAAUGCCAAUCGUUUAUCUGCAACACCAGCCAAAUCACAUGUUUUUCAACGUCUUAGUUUUGGUAAUCGUCGACGUGGUCGUGGUGGAAAUAAUCCAGGUGCUAAUUCAUAUUUAUUCGGUGGACAAAGUGGUAUGGGCAUACGUCUUCAAGGGCAAGGUAGAAUUGGUGGAACACGAACAUUCCGUUCACGAACUCGUGGUUAUUUAAAUAAUAAUGCAAUCAGUCGAUUUAGUAAUUUUUCACCACGUGGAGGAAAUAGAAACAUGAAUAAUAAUCGAGGACGACGUAUUGGAAAUAAUAAUAGUAUCAAGAAUAAUAAUAAUUUUAUUCGAUCAAAUCGAGGUCGUGGCACAAAAAAUUUUUCUCGUGGUGGACGUGGUGGACGUGGCAGAAACAAUAAUAAUAAUAAUAAAACUAACACCAAUGUUUCAAAAGCAAGUCUUGAUACUGAUCUUGAUAAAUAUAUGGCGCAAACAAAAAUUGAGAAUGAUUCAAUUGAUAUGAAUGCUGUUUAA